AUGUUCAAGGCUUAUGCCCUCUCAACUUGUCUUCUUUGUCUCCUAGUAACGGCCGACCGGACUGUAGGGCGCAAUCUGACGCCAUUGCCAAAGUUGGCUCUUCACGUCGGACUCAUCAAAGCACAACAGCAAUCGACGAUCGUUAUGUUAGUCCGCAGUUCAUCAUAUGUAUAAAGAGAGGUAGCUAAGCUUUGCUUUUCUGGGUAACAAAUUUUAUGGAGAGGGGCGUACAGAGAUGGGUAGUAGACAUAUCGAAGUGGGAACCAUCUCCCCACGACUUCUCCUCUGCCCUCUCUCUCCUUCCUCAACAUGAACACUUCUCCAUCACCAGAUUUAUAAGAAUGGAGGACAGAAAACGGGCACUUGUGAGCAGAUUCCUGCAAUAUGCUCUUGUACAUGAAUUGCUGGGAAUCCCAUUUGAUGAAAUCACCAUAAAUCGCACUGUGGAGGGCAAGCCAUACCUGGAAUAUGAUAAAGCUGGCUUGGAAUUUCCCAAUUUUAAUUUCAAUGUAUCCCAUCAUGGCGACUUUGUGGCUAUAGCGUCUGAACCUUUGUGCCUUGUCGGGUUGGAUAUUGUCUCUUGUGUCAUUCCCCUGAAGGAGACAGUUUUAGAAUUCGUUCAAAACUUCUCCUCAUACUUUUCACGUUUGGAAUGGGAUAAUAUAGUCAAUGCUGGCUCAUCUGAUGAUAUUUUGGCUGAGUUUUACAGAUAUUGGUGUUUGAAAGAAGCAUAUGUCAAGGCCAUAGGGAGCGGACUGGCAUAUGGGUUGGACAAAGUGGAGUUUCAUAACACCAGAUGGACGAGCAUAUCUGUUAAAAUUAAUGGGGAGGAUGUGAGGGAGUGGAAAUUUUGGCUUUUUGAGCUGGGAAAAAGACAUUGGGUAUCAAUUGCAAGAGGACACCCAAGAUCAGCCACUGAGAGUUACAAGAGAAAAUUAAAGAGGAUUGAGUUUAACAACGAGGAUUAUCACAAGGGUCUUCAUCUUCCAAAUGUGGAUUUUGUCUUCAAAACUGUAGAAGAACUGAUUUUACUCAUGAAUAGUAAGAGAUGCUAGUGUCUUAAUUCCUAAUAUUGCUGAAGCAGAAGACAAUGGCCAUUGGGAAGCCAUUGACAUCGAUGUUUUCGUGCUUAAAAAGGCUUUUCCCAUCAGUCCUGCUUGAAACAGAUUCCUUUGCUGUGCUGCGCCACAUCUCUCAAUCAUAUAUAAAUUCUGUCUCGAGGAUGCCCGUUGCUCCUCAGUCCUCAUGUGGAAAAUGAUACACGUACAUUCUUUUUCGUAAUUCUUUAUAUAAUUCUGUUU